AUUCAGAAUUGGUUCACAAAAUCAGAUUUGAAUUCAGUCUUCAGCACUUAAUACAUAAUUUUACCAAACGCCCCCUUAGUUAUAUAUUUCGAAACAAGUAUUUGGCUAUAAAUUAAUUAUUGGUGUAUUUUGUUUGUAUUGGCUUCAGAAAUGGUAGAGGGCUUCAAUGUCUUCAAGACUUCAAAAUCGGAUGCUGUAAUUGAACACGACCAGGAAGAAAAUGUAUCUUCCUAAGCAAAGAAGGAGUUCUAUCAGUAGAUGGAGCACAACAUUCAUAUAUCUGGGAAUAGUGUCCCACCUCCGCUUAAAAGAUUUGGGGAAUUAAGUUCAAGGAUGUUCAUGAGAGGUUCCGUACACAAUCCCAUUCAGAGGCCACUGGGCGCUUUAAUGAAUGUUUCUUACUAUCACUUGCUUCAUGCAAAGCUUGUGUGGUUAUGGAUGAUGAAUUGAAUAUUCUGCCAAUUUCGUCCCAUAAGAGGUCAAUUAUCCCAGUUUUAGUUAAAGAGGAGCAUUUAGACUACGAUGUGGUGAAAAGUGCCAAUCCUGAGUUCAAAAAAGCAACUAUUCGUAUUAAUAUCUACAAACAGCAUCGACAAACUAUACAGGAAAAUAAGUGUUCCCUGCUGCGAAUAAAUAAGCAUGUCGUUCCAGCAACACACAAGCAGCACCCUAACCGCUCUCCUCUCAGGCUCUCACUCUCUGUCCUCUCCUCUGCCUGCCUACCUCGCCCCUCGACUCCCUCCGUGCGCCGGUGCUGCGGCCUGCUGCCUGCUGCCUGCUUCCUGCUUCCUGCUGCGAAUGAUCCAGUACUCUCGUCGUCUCCUCCAGCCGUCAUCCACAGCCACAGACCCACUGCGGCUCUGCCCAGCUCUGCCCGCAGUCGCCGCACGCAGUUACCGCAAGUUGGUAUGGGUGGAAUAAGAAAUGUUAUUGCCUGGGGAAUAAUGAGGAAGAAGGUGGAUGAACGCAUCCGAACUCAGACAAGUCUCUCCACUAGGCAGUGCAGAUUGUUAAUCUGCAUUUCAUGCUCAGUCAAGUCUAGGUCAAUUGUUUUAUGGUGGUACAAGAAUUGAGCAAUCACAAGAAAAAGCGAGCAAAGCAGGUUAUUGCAGAAAGGAGAGUGGGAUCAUGAGGCAGUCAAUCUUUUUUGACUCUUUGUUGAAAGUGGAUGAAUAACAUAUUGCUUGUACAAGGAUUCGGAAAGAAUUCUUGGCAAUACCUUUGGUAUGCGCAUACUACAGGAUUUUGAGGCUUUGACACCAAAUCUUCAUGCAAGAACGAUAGAAACCGUGGAGGGUGGUGGGUUAAUUUUAUUGCUCCUUUGUUCUCUUCCCUCACUCACCCGUUUGUACACCAUGGUUAUGUGUCACGAGCUAAGCUUUUUCAGGGCAUUAUGCUUGCUUGUGACCACUUGUCUCGUGCACUUGGAAUGGGUUUCCAUCAUGUAAAUACUAGUGUAGGGUUAUUUUCUGCUAGUAGUGUCUUUGUAUGCCAAAUAUGGCAGUAUGACUCCUCGGUCACUUUGAUGUUUCCAUGUGCUAUAGUGGGAAUGACCUAGAAAGCUCUUUAGGGGAGGGUGAGUGUUCAUCAGUCAUUGUAAAAUUCACUAGCUAUUGUCAACGUGUUUAGCCUACUUGCCUCCCUCGCUAAACACACAAUGUCAACGGAGGUGUUUUUAAUGAAUUUCGUGGAUUCAAUGUUUA